UACCCUGUAUACUACCUGGUAUUACUAUAAGUUAAAAUAUUUGCUUUUUCCUUAAAUUGUUUAAAAUAUUGUAUUUCAUGAAUUUAUUUAGGUGCUUCGUAGAAGAAAAGCUUGGUUCAAAAUUUGUUGAAUCCAGAUCUCCACCUUUUCAUAAAUCAUUUGAAGAAACUAGUUCAAUCACGCCUGUAUUUUUCAUUCUCUCUCCAGGCGUUGACCCGUUGAAGGACGUCGAAAAACUGGGAAUGCAAUUGGGUUUCACUUUUGGAGGAAGAAAUUUCCAUAAUGUGUCACUGGGUCAAGGUCAAGAACCCAUAGCGGAAGAAGCCAUAGAACUUUCGGCGAACGAAGGCCACUGGGUAAUUUUGCAAAAUGUCCAUUUGGUGAGGAAAUGGUUGCCUACUUUAGAAAAAAAGAUGGAACAAUGCUCGGAGAAUCCACACGAUGAUUAUCGAUUGUUCAUUAGUGCGGAACCCAGUCCUGAUCCUCAUGAAUCAAUAAUACCUCAGGGUAUACUAGAAUCAGCCAUAAAGAUCACUAAUGAACCACCAUCUGGAAUACAAGCAAACAUCCACAAAGCGUUGGAUAACUUUACGCAGGAAACUUUGGAGUCCUGCAGCAAGGAAACCGAAUUCAAAGCAAUAUUAUUUGCACUUUGUUAUUAUCACGCUGUACUUGCAGAACGUAGAAAAUUUGGGGCGCAAGGAUGGAAUAGGGUAAGUGACUUUAAAUCUUAAUGGAUCAUUACGUUAAAUUAGA